AUGCUGUCUCUGAGGAGGAAGCUAGAGAGCCACCAUCAGUCUCGUAAAAAGCUGACCUCUAACUCACACUCGGAAGAUGAAUUGUCUGCUGCGUCUGGACAAGAUGGUCCAAAUGGUCUUGCAGGGGAUGGAUCUCGUCUGAAUAGUGGUGCAGACGGUGAUUCGAAAGGCUAUGUGGAAACGGAUCCCAGCACUGCGGCCAUGGAUAGCACAUUUUCUACUUUUAAUCUAAUCUUUGACAAACUAGGAAGCCCCAAUGCACAGGAAAGGAUUACCGCUUCUUUCGAAUUAAAGACUUCUCUGAUAUCAUUAGUGCGUGAAGUCUCUAUUGAGCAGUUUCAGCGGUUCAGUAAUAGGAUUAAUAACAAGAUAUUUGAGCUGAUUCAUGGGUCUAGCCCUAAUGAAAAGAUAGGUGGUAUCUUGGCAGUCGAUACAAUGAUAGGGUUCUAUGCACAUACAGAAGAAUUACCGAAUCAAACUUCGAGGCUGGCUAAUUACUUGCGGGUGCUGAUACCUUCCAAUGAUACCGAAGUGAUGAGAUUGGCGGCCAACACCUUGGGUAAACUAGCUGUCCCCGGGGGGACACUCACAUCAGAUUUCGUCGAGUUUGAGAUGAAGACUUGUAUCGAGUGGUUGACUACAUCACCUGAGAACGCUUCCUCUAGUUCGAAACAGGAAUAUAGGAAGCAUGCAUCGUUGUUGAUAAUAACUGCUUUGGCUAAUAAUUCGCCAUAUUUGCUUUAUCCAUACGUCAAUUCAAUUCUCGAUAAUAUUUGGAGAGCUCUCAGAGAUACAAAUUUAGUGAUACGAAUGGAUGCGGCCUUGACGCUGGGCAAAUGUAUGUCCAUCAUACAGGAUAGAGAUACAGCGCUGACAAAACAAUGGGUAGAAAGACUCUUUAAAGAAUGUGUUUAUGGUCUUACGUUAAACACAAACGAAUCGAUACAUGCCACUUUACUGGUCUAUCGCGAACUACUUAAGCUGAGUGCUUUCUAUCUGAGUGGGAAGUACGAUGAGGUUUUCCAAUCCACGGCAAGGUAUAAAGAUCACAAGUACGAUGUCAUUAGAAAGGAGGUAUACGCUAUCUUACCACUCUUAGCGUCAUUUGACUCAAAUUUGUUCACCACAAAGUAUCUGGACCAAACGAUGGUGCACUAUCUCACAGUCCUAAGAAACAUGAACGCAAGCUCAGCCAAUGCCUCCGACAAACCAGCGAUACUAGUAUCCAUUGGAGACAUAGCGUUUGAGGUCGGCUCUAACAUAGUACCUUACAUGGAUCCUAUCUUGGAUAACAUUAAAGACGGACUUCAAACAAAACUGAAGAAUCGUAAGCUGUUCGAAAGAGAGAUUUUUUACUGCAUAGGAAAAUUGGCUUCAGCUGUAGGGCCAGCUCUGGCAAAACACUUGAAUAAAGGACUUUUGGACCUCAUGUUAUCAUGCCCAUUGUCAGAUUACAUGCAACAGACAUUACUCAUAAUCAAUGAAAAAAUACCAGCGCUAGAACCCACUAUCAACGCUAGACUUCUAGACCUACUGUGUACUACGUUGUCCGGUGAAAAGUUCAAGCAACCAGGGUCGCCGACUUCAUUAAAGCCACUGUCAAUAGAAAAAGCUCGCCAAUGGAGAAAUCAAAGAAUACUCCGUAGGACAGGGGAGGUCAAUGACGAUAUCCAUGAUGCUCAAUUACUCACACAAGCAUUAAGAAUGUUGCAAACUAUAAAACAUAAAUACUCAUUGACGGAAUUUGUGAGAUUGGUCAUAAUAUCCUACAUUGAGCACGAGAAUCCACAUGUCAGGAAGUUGGCAGCGUUAACAUCGUGUGCUUUGUUUGUUAAUGACAACAUCUGCAAGCAGACCUCAUUGCAUGCCCUUAAUUCUGUAUCUGAAGUUUUGAGUAAGUUGCUUGCUGUAGCCAUUACAGAUCCCGUUGCUGAAAUAAGAUUCGAAAUAUUACAACAUCUAGAUUCCAGUUUCGAUCCUCAGCUAGCCCAGCCAGAUAAUAUGCGCCUUCUUUUCAUGGCGUUAAAUGACGAAAUCUUCGCAAUACAGUUAGAGUCCAUAAAGAUCAUAGGCCGUUUGACCAGUGUAAAUCCUGCGUAUGUUGUUCCUUCAUUGAGAAAAACGCUAUUGGAGUUGUUAACGAAACUCAAGUAUUCAACGAUGCCUAGGAAAAAGGAGGAGAGCGCUACGUUACUUUGCACAUUAAUAAGCUCCAGUAAAGAAGUUACGAAGCCUUACAUUGAACCAAUCUUGGAUGUUCUUCUUCCCAAAUCACAAGAUAACUCCUCUGCUGUUGCUUCGACAGCCCUGAGAGCAGUUGGUGAACUUUCAGUAAUUGGUGGUGAGAGCAUGAAGGCCUACUUGGAUGAGCUAAUGCCACUGAUAAUAAAUACCUUCCAAGAUCAGUCGAACUCAUUCAAAAGGGACGCUGCUCUAAAAACUCUAGGACAGUUGGCGGCAUCAUCUGGUUAUGUCAUUGACCCUCUCUUGGACUAUCCAGAAUUGCUCGGCGUCUUGAUCAACAUAUUGAAAUCCGAAAGUGCCCAGAAUAUUAGGAGAGAAACGGUUCGUCUCAUAGGUAUUUUAGGUGCAUUGGAUCCUUAUAAGCACAGAGAAGUUGAAGUUACGUCUAACGCAAAGAUUUCGGUGGAACAGAAUGCACCUUCAAUAGAUAUUGCCCUGUUAAUGCAGGGCAUGUCCCCUUCGAAUGAAGAAUACUAUCCGACGGUCGUAAUCAACACCUUGAUGAAAAUUCUACGAGACCCUUCCCUGUCGUCUCACCAUACCGCUGUUAUUCAGGCUAUAGUUCAUAUUUUUCAAACUCUGGGUUUACGCUGUGUUCCAUUUUUGAACCAAAUUGUUCCUGGUAUUAUCUCCGUUAUGCAUUCAUGUCCUCCCUCACUUCUGGAGUUUUACUUUCAACAGUUAGGCUUGCUCGUAUCAAUAGUGAAACAGCACAUACGCCCACACGUAGAUGAGAUGUAUGUGGUUAUCGAGGAGUUCUUUUUCAUCCCCAAAUUACAAAUCACCAUUCUGUCCGUCAUCGAGUCUAUAUCAAGGUCAUUGGAGGGAGAGUUUAAACGGGUUGUACCGAGAACAUUGACGUUCUUUUUGACUAUUCUCGAAAAUGAUAAGUCAAUAAAAAAAGCAGUCUCCAUCAGAAUUCUCAGGUCCUUAGUGGUAUUUGACUCUAAUUUGGAAGACUAUGCUCAUUUAAUAAUCCCAACAGUGGUUAAAAUUGCUGAAUACUCGACAGGCACUCUGAAAAAAAUGGCAAUUGUAACAUUAGGUAAAUUGGCAAAAUGCAUUAAUCUAUCAGAAAUGUCUUCAAGAAUUGUCCAAGCGCUGGUACGCGUACUUAACUUGGAAGACAGAGAAUUGACAAAAGUAACUAUGAAUACUCUGAGCUUACUCCUUCUCCAGCUGGGGACUGACUUCACUGUAUUUAUCCCGAUCAUCAAUAAAACUCUGGUCAGAAACCACAUCCAACAUUCUAUUUAUGACCAACUCGUGAACAAACUUUUGAAUAGUGAGGGGCUGCCAAAGAACAUAGUCUUUGAUAAGGAGUUUGACACUAAUACAAGGGAAGUCGGGGAAGCUGAGUCAACUUCAAAGAAACUAUCGGUCAAUCAGCUAGCACUUAAAAAUACUUGGGAUUGUAGUCAACAGAGAACAAAAGAAGACUGGCAAGAGUGGAUUAGAAGACUAUCAAUUCAGCUUCUCAAAGAAUCGCCAUCACAUGCACUAAGAGCCUGCUCCGGUUUAGCGGGCAUUUAUUUUCCGCUGGCUAGAGAACUAUUCAAUGCUUCUUUCUCAAGUUCCUGGACGGAACUCUACACCCAGUAUCAAGAAGACCUAGUUCAAUCUCUUUGCGUAGCUCUUUCGUCUCCUCAAAACCCUCCAGAGAUUCAUCAAACCCUGUUGAACUUAGUUGAAUUUAUGGAACAUGAUGAUAAACCACUGCCUAUACCUAUUCAGACAUUGGGACAGUAUGCUCAAAGAUGUCACGCUUACGCGAAAGCUCUGCAUUACAAAGAAGUUGAAUUCAUACAAGAACCAACCACAUCAACAAUUGAAUCUUUGAUUAGUAUCAACAAUCAGCUACAUCAGACAGAUGCUGCUAUCGGAAUAUUGAAGCAUGCUCAACAACAUCACGACUUGCAGUUGAAAGAAACAUGGUAUGAGAAGUUGCAACGAUGGGAAGAUGCCCUAAAUGCGUACAACCAAAGAGCAAGUGCUGGAGAGGACUCUUUUGAAGUCACGAUGGGUAAGAUGAGAUCUCUUCACGCUCUGGGUGAAUGGGAACAGCUGUCAGAGCUGGCUUUAGACAAAUGGAGCGUCUCGAAGCCAGAUUUUCGCAUUGCAAUGGCACCUCUAGCAGCUGGUGCAGCAUGGGGGUUGGGCCAAUGGGAUAAGAUCGAACAAUACAUUGAUGCAAUGAAGUCUCAAUCGCCAGACAAAGAGUUUUUUGACGCUGUGCUAUGUUUGCAUCGCAAUAGCUUUGAUGAAGCUGAAAAGCACAUUUUCAAUGCCCGUGACUUAUUGGUCACUGAAAUCUCGGCUUUGAUUAACGAGAGUUAUAAUAGAGCCUACAGCGUUGUCGUGAGGACGCAAAUCGUGGCCGAACUAGAAGAGAUCAUAAAGUACAAGAGACUACCCCAAGGUUCAGAGAGUCGUAUGCUCAUCAGAAGUACAUGGAACAAGAGGCUUUUGGGAUGUCAGAAAAAUGUUGAUGUAUGGCAGAGAGUUUUAAGGGUCAGAUCGCUUGUUGUCAAACCAAAACAAGAUAUGCAAAUUUGGAUCAAGUUUGCAAACCUCUGCCGAAAAUCGGGAAGAAUGGGUUUGGCGCAGAAAGCACUAAAUUCAUUGCUGGAAGAAGGUGGCGAUCCCGAUCACCCUAACACGGCUCGCGCCCCCCCUCCAGUCGUCUAUGCACAGCUAAAAUACCUGUGGGCCACUGGAUCCCAGAAAGACGCCCUACGUCAUUUGAUUGGAUUUACUUCGAGGAUGGCUCAUGAUUUGGGUCUAGACCCAAGUAACAUGAUAGCUCAGAGCGUACCACAAAACAGUUCUAUCGCCCCUCAUCACGUUGAAGACUAUACGAAACUGCUUGCAAGAUGCUUUUUGAAGCAGGGAGAAUGGAGAGUCUCACUUCAACAAAACUGGAGAGCUGAGAAUCCCGACGCUAUCCUGGGCUCUUAUUUGCUAGCCACUCAUUUCGAUGACAAAUGGUACAAAGCAUGGCAUAACUGGGCUUUGGCGAACUUUGAAGUGAUCUCUAUGAUCACAUCAGGUUCGAAAGAGGAGAUGAAUGGCGGCACCGAAAAAACCAAUGGUGUCUACAGUAUAGAGAAUGGAUUGAUGGGUUCAGAUUCAUUCAGCGCCGGGCCAAUUAGCUAUCCGGCCGAACUGAUCCAGAGACAUGUUGUACCAGCUAUAAAAGGGUUUUUCUUCUCCAUAUCCCUCUCUGAGGCCAGCUCUCUUCAAGAUACUUUGAGACUAUUGACACUGUGGUUCACCUUCGGUGGUACACCUGAGGCUGCUCAGGCCAUGCACGAAGGAUUCAGCCUAAUCAAGAUUGAUAAUUGGCUCGAAGUGUUACCCCAAUUGAUUGCUCGUAUUCACCAGCCAGACAAGGUAGUCAGCAGGUCAUUGUUGUCCCUUCUCUCUGAUUUUGGUAAAGCUCAUCCUCAGGCUUUGGUGUAUCCGCUAACGGUUGCCAUCAAAUCAGAGUCUGUUUCAAGACAGAAAGCGGCUUUAUCCAUCAUCGAAAAGAUGAGAAUGCAUAGCCCCACAUUGGUUGACCAAGCGGAACUAGUAAGCCAUGAGCUGAUUCGUGUUGCUGUAUUAUGGCAUGAGCAAUGGUACGAAGGCCUUGAAGAUGCCAGUAGACAAUUCUUUGGGGAGCAUAACACGGAGAAAAUGUUUGCUACGUUGGAGCCACUACAUGAAAUGCUAAGACGUGGCCCCGAAACUUUGAGAGAGAUUUCAUUCCAGAACUCUUUUGGAAGAGAUCUGAAUGACGCUUACGAGUGGGUCACAAACUACAAGAAAAGAAAGGACGUGAGCAAUCUGAAUCAGGCCUGGGAUAUAUAUUACAACGUCUUCAGAAGAAUCAGCAGGCAACUGCCGCAGUUGCAGACGCUUGAAUUGCAGCAUGUGUCACCUAAGCUUCUCGCUGCUCGCAAUCUGGAAUUGGCUGUUCCUGGGACAUACGCUGCUGGUAAACCUAUCAUAAGGAUUGCCCACUUUGAACCCGUUUUCACCGUUAUUUCGUCCAAGCAGAGACCUAGAAAGCUCUCCAUCAGGGGUAGUGAUGGUAAAGACUAUCAGUGUAUGCUAAAGGGACAUGAAGACAUCAGACAAGACAGUUUGGUUAUGCAGCUCUUUGGAUUGGUGAACACUUUGUUGCAAAAUGAUUCAGAAUGUUUCCAAAGACAUCUGGACAUUCAGCAGUAUCCUGCAAUCCCGCUAUCACCAAAAUCUGGUUUACUUGGAUGGGUUCCUAACAGUGACACCUUCCAUGUACUCAUCAGAGAGCAUCGUGAGGCAAAGAAAAUCCCAUUGAACAUCGAGCACUGGGUCAUGCUGCAAAUGGCGCCUGACUACGAUAAUUUGACAUUAUUACAGAAAGUGGAAGUUUUCACUUACGCGCUGGAUAACACGCGAGGGCAAGAUCUUUACAAAGUCCUGUGGUUGAAGAGUAGAUCAUCUGAGUCCUGGUUGGAACGUAGAACUACUUAUACGCGGUCUCUCGCGGUUAUGUCUAUGGUUGGUUAUAUCCUUGGUCUUGGUGACCGUCAUCCAAGUAAUUUAAUGCUCGAUAGAAUAACAGGAAAGGUCAUCCACAUUGAUUUUGGUGAUUGUUUCGAGGCUGCCAUUUUGAGAGAGAAGUUCCCCGAGAAAGUUCCCUUCAGACUAACUAGAAUGCUCACUUAUGCCAUGGAAGUUAGUGGAAUCGAAGGAAGUUUCCGUAUAACUUGUGAAAAUGUAAUGAGAGUGCUGAGAGACAACAAAGAGUCUCUGAUGGCCAUUCUGGAAGCCUUCGCUUUCGAUCCUUUAAUUCAUUGGGGAUUUGACUUGCCAACGCAAACUAUUGCUGAACAAACAGACAUUCAGCUGCCAUUGACAAAUCCUAGCGAGCUGUUAAGAAAGGGUGCGAUCACUGUUGAGGAGGCGGCAAAGAUGGAAGUAGAGCAUAAAAACGAAAUAAGGAACGCAAGAGCCAUGCUUGUUCUGAAGCGUAUCACUAACAAGUUGACCGGUAACGACUUCCGCAGAUUCAAGGAGCUCGAUGUUCCUGAACAAGUGGAUAAAUUGAUACAACAAGCAACCUCGAUCGAGAACCUGUGCCAGCACUACAUCGGCUGGUGUCCGUUCUGGUAA